AUGUUUGCCUCUAGGAUUGCUCGAUCCACCAAGAUGAUGGUGGGCAUCAGCAUCAAGGAUAUCAGUGGUGCCAAACAGGCCAUGCGUAAGGCCAUCGAUAUCGCGCAGCCUGGUGACAAGAUCGUGGCGCUGAACAUCCCCAAGCUCGUCCCUGAGAUGAUGUUGUCUUCCAUGAACGACCCCGGGGAUGCCACGGAGGAGACCUUCGCGGCACUUGCGAAUCUGCCUUCCAGGGCAGGCACGAACAUGCAGGCACAGAUCAAGGAAGCAGCGGAAGAAGAGAUGCAGAAACUUGGGAAGGAGAUUUCCGUUGACUACAAGGUGACACAGCCUUCUGGUGAUGUGAAAGCAGGAAUCCUGGCAGCCUGCAAGGCUGAGGGUGCUUCGAUGCUGUUCCUGGGUCCCGGUGUGGGCGGCAACGGCAGCAUUCCUCCGUUCUGCGUGGCUCAAGCGAAGGGCCUCACCGUUUGCAUAGUUCGUGAUCACUUGGAGUGA